AUGUACGCGAGCUUCUUACUCAAACCGUCUCUAGCGCACCUUGUCGUCUCUCAAUUGCACAUCGCUCUCGCAAAUGCACACGUCGACGAGACAGACAAAGAAUGUCUCCUGUACAAACAGCGUGUCAUUGGUCUUGAGUUCAAACUCAAUCAACCCAAGGAUGCCAAACAGGCCGUUGAUCGUGAACUCAACGUCACCAAUGUCCGCUUGACUUCACUCCGCGAAAAACUACAAAUGUCUUAUCCUGAGUAUAACCAGGGCCGCAUCACAGUGUCGCUUCAGGCCGAACUGGAUGCUAUAAACGAACAGCUCAAUGCCGCACUCGAUGUGCUCGUAAAAUUGUUUCCAAUCGGCACCCAACCCAAAACACUUGCUGCACGUUACAUAAUCUCACCUGUCCAAUCAUGUCUCACUACUAGUGAAUACCCAAACUAUAAGGAUGUGGUCGGAAUACACCCAGACGGGGUUGUUAGUGUUCACCCAGACAGGGUUAUUAGUGUUAUUCUAUAA